CCAGGACCCGUUAACAGCCGCACACUGACAGCAUUAUGGAGGAGGAAGAGGCCCCUGUGGAUGCAGAGACGGAGACCCCCUUUGCUGCAGAGAGCUAUGCAGCUGAGGCCAUGGCUGCAGACAUGGACCCCUGGAUUGUGUUUGACUCGAGAAGAACUCCCAGAUCCGAGUUUGAUGGCUGGCUGGAGAGCAACAGGCCAUCACAAGUGCACAGAUUUGGUGAUGAGAAAGGUGGCGUUAGCCCUGUGGGGUGGAUAGCUGUGCUGGGCACAAGCCACUGCCCCAGCGGUGCGGAUGUCACGGGUCUCCAGGAGAGCUGGGAGAAACUUUUGGCAAGUGGCCGGCCUGUCAGCUUCCAGACAGUGAAGGAGUUGGCCCUGAACCACGCAGUGCUCACGGGCAAAUGGCUGAUGCAUUUGGACUCUGGUUUCAAGUUGGACCAUGCCUGGGAGUGUGUGGCAAGAGCAGCCCUGGAUGGGAAGAUCUCCCUUGUUAAAGUCAGUCCCCAUAAUCCCAAGGGAGAGGGCAAGCAGGUCAUUUGUGCCUACAACCAGAACUUCACUGACGAGAGCGAGGUUAUAAGGCUCGACUCAGUCAUCCGUGCCACCGGGGUCAAAUGCGCUCUUUCCUACAAGCCCGAUGUGUACACAUACCUGGGAAUCUACCGAAACAACCGCUGGAAGAUUUGCCCCACCAUAUACGAGAGCAAGUUUGACCUGGAGUGCGUACCCAGGCGUUCCCACAUCAUCAACAAAGUCACCAAUCUUGAAGUAACAUAAGCCUGUGAGAACAAGAGGAUAGUGUUGCAGCAUGGGUAAAUGAAGAGGCACUUUGUAAUGCCAGGAGUCGGGGUGUGCAGUACAGCUCGCUGACUGAAACCGUUUUGAGUCAGUGGUUGAAUUUUGAUCUCAAGUUCUUCCUUUUGUCAAAAACAAGCACUAAAUCUCUCAUUUCGCUCUCGUAUUCUCAUGCUGUAAUAUUUUCUAAGUGACCUGAAUUACUGUCUCUUUUUUUUUGUAUUGAAUAUAUUGUAUUCAUAAGUAAGAGUAUUUGUAUUCUUGAGGUUUUGUUUAUUAGACACUAACACUUACCUGACAAGAUGGUUGUAGAAAUCCUUGAUUUGUAUGCACGUGCUCCAAUGAAGUUUCUUUUUUUACACGAUACAUUUGUCUCAUUUAUUUGGCUUUAUAUUUUUGGUUUGUAUUGAACCACGAUAACAGAGUUGCCAAAUAAAGUCUACUUUUGAAGACCAGA